AUGCUCAGAAAUCAGAUCCAGCCAAAGAGCUAUUGCCAGCUUAUCUCUUCUGGUGCCUUUUUGCGUCAGCGUGGAGGAAUGCGGCAUCAAUACGGCACCAGCGCCGUAGGAGCAGCAGUAGGAGCAGUAAAAACAACCGCCGCCACCCUGGCCCAACGUUAUUCUUACUCCACAUCUUUUUAUUCCUCUUCUUCUUCUUCCUCUUCUUCUUUUUCUUCUUCUUUCACCACUACCACCAAAUCUAUUUCCCCCUCCAAAUCAUAUCUCAAACCACGAUUUUCUUUUCAAUCUCAAAAUUUUUCUACCAUGGCUCCUGCUGCUCACUACUACGCUGAUACUAAAGCCCCUAUCACGCCGCUUGAGGUCAAACAUCACUUUGAGCUGCUCGCUGAUAAUGAUAAGCACUAUGCUCACCACAUGAGCCGAGCCUCACACUUUGGCACACGCGUUGUUUUGCGUCAAGUUAGCCCUGAAAGCGAGACUAUCUACGACAUUAUUUUGUCGCUGCAUGCCACUGUUAAGGGUAUCUAUGAUGAGACCACUCUCAAGGAUGCGUCAGCACAAGAUGUGCAGUACUACCUGGAGUAUGCAUCUCAGUUUCUGUCAAACCUGGGUAACUAUAAGUCGUUUGGCGACGUUAAAUUUGUUCCUCGACUUACUCCUGAGGCCUUUAAGAGUAUUGUAAGUGUUGAUUCCAAGGCAUUGGAGUUGUACAAUACGGUUGAAAAGGCCAUUUUCUCUACAGAACCCGAGGCCGCCAACUUGUUGGGAUACGCCGAUAAGGGUCACGUUACCUCUUAUUACUCUCCUAACGUCACAAAGGAAGAAAUUGACACCAUUCAGGGUGCUUUGGCGGCUAAGGGCGUGCUUCCUGAAAAUACCCGCUUGUUUAAAGAUGAGAAGGGAUUCAAGCUACUGAUUGCUUCAGCCAAUACUUUUGCUGAUUCUGAAGAUAAGACCAUCCCUCAUGAGAGCAUUGAGCUUCCAAACGGUCUGGGCACCUUGGAAUUUGUUUAUGGCGACCAUAGUAAGGAGUUUGCCAAGAUUGUAGAAGAGAUGGAGGGAGCUCUUAAGUACGCUGCUAACGAAACUCAGGAGAAAAUGCUUAAAGCAUAUAUUCAAUCUUUCAAGACUGGUUCUAUGGAAGAACACAAGGAAUCUCAAAAGUACUGGGUCAAGGACAUUGGUCCCAAGGUUGAAACCAAUAUUGGAUUCAUUGAAACUUACCGUGAUCCUGCUGGUAUUCGUGGUGAAUGGGAGGGACUUGUUGCCAUGAUUAAUACUGAGCGCACCAAGAAAUUUUCUGAGCUUGUGGAGAAGGCUAAGGAUUACAUUGGACAACUUCCUUGGCCUAAGGCGUUUGAAAAGGAUGUUUUUACACCCCCUGACUUUACCUCUUUGGAGGUGCUGACAUUUGCUGGGUCUGGUAUUCCUGCAGGUAUCAACAUUCCUAACUAUGACGAUGUUCGUUUGAAUGUUGGUUUCAAGAAUGUUUCUCUUGGUAACGUACUUUCUGCCAAGGCUCCUAACGAGAAGACUACAUUUUUGAAGCCCGAGGAUGCUCCUUUGCAUGACAAGCUUCGAGGACCUUCGUUUGAAGUUCAAGUUGGUAUUCAUGAGCUUUUGGGUCAUGGUACUGGUAAGCUUUUGAGUGAAAACAGUGAUGGAACUUUCAACUUUGACAAGGAGAAUCCUCCCAUUUCUCCCAUUACUGGUAAGCCUGUGACUACAUACUACAAGAAGGGUGAGACCUGGGGUAGUGUGUUUGGAUCUCUUGCCGGGUCCUACGAGGAAUGCCGUGCAGAGACAGUUGCCAUGUACUUGGCGACUGACAAGUCUUUGUUGAAAAUUUUUGGACAUGGUGAGACUGGAGAAGAGAAUGCCGAUGAUGUUUUGUACAUUGCGUACUUGAUGAUGGCUCGCGCGGGUCUUCUCGGGUUAGAGUUUUGGGACCCGAUUACCAAGAAGUGGGGUCAGCCGCACAUGCAAGCUCGAUUUUCGAUUCUCAAGUGCUUUUUGAAUGCUGGGGAAGACUUUGUAAAACUUGAGACUAGCAAGGAGGAUUAUUCUGAUUUGGUAAUUUCUCUUGACCGCAGCAAGAUUCUGAGUGUUGGUAAGAAGGCAGUUGGUGAUUACUUGCAAAAGCUACACAUUUAUAAGACGACUGCGGACUAUGCCAAUGGAUCUGCGCUGUACAAUGAGAUGACAGAAGUUGGUCCUGAACUUGCCAAGUUCCGGGACAUUGUGAUCAAGUCCAAGUUGCCUCGCAAGCAGUUUGUUCAGGCUAAUACCGUGAUUGAGGAUGGCAAGGUUGUGUUUAAGGAGUACGAGUCGACUCCUGUGGGUAUGAUUGAGAGUUUUGCUGCUCGUGCAGUUUAA